AUGGUAAACAUAUACAUAUAUAUACAUAUGGAUGACAAAUAUUUUUGGAAUGUAUAUAGAAAUAUCUUUUUGAAUCACUGUAUUCGUCGAUACAUUAGACAUGAAGAUGCUAUGUUUAAUCUUGUGGUAUCACCUAUGAAAGAAAGGGAUUCGUUUACAUUGGCUAAACAUGGACACUAUUCUAUUCUAGCAGAUAGAAUAAAGAACAAUGAUGAAUCACUUAUUAUUCAUAAAGUUGUAUUGGUUGGUUUGAUCGUCUCAUCAAUCAAUGAUGACUACAAUCUGGUUGUAAAACUGUUAUCACUAAAGUUUUCAGAGUCUAUAGUUCAAACUGUUAUUCAACAACAACAACAACAACAUAUAGAUAAUCAACAACAAAAUAUAAAUAAUCAACAACAACAACAACAAGAAGAUAAAUCAUUAAAUCUUCUAAAUGAAGACAUUACAACUGAAUGUGUUAAGUUGGAUAGAUUGUUUGUACUAGACUACCUAAUUGACAAUGGACAGCAUGCUAUAUCACCAAAUAUAGUGAUAGAGACUGCUCUCAAACAAAGGGGUAGUAGUACUCGAGUUGACUAUAGAACCAAAGUAUUACAUUGGGUUUUGAAAAGGUUCCCAACCAAUGUAGAACAAUUCAAGAUGAAAACACAUCCAUUGUGUUUUAGAGUUGGUAGAAUAUUAGAGACUGGUGACGUGUCACUCAUCAAAGCUUAUACUCGUGCUACAACCAACGCCACGGUACCACCAGUCUACAACAAACGCUUUUUGGUUGUCUUACCAAACACCAUUCGUCGACAAUACGAACUGGCAAAUGGAAAUAUUGGAUCAACAUUUGAACCUACCAAGAUUGCAGUUUUAAAAAGACAUCCAUGGUUGUUGAAUAAUGAUGAUGAUCAAGAUGUAUUGGAUACACUGGUAUUGAAUCAAUUAGAGUUGGAAUAUGGAGAGAUGAAAGAUGUCAAAAGAUUACAAGAUAUUAUAAGGUUGGAAUUGGAUACUGCAGUGUCUCGAGGUGGUGGUGUUGGUCGGGUGGAAGAUAUUAUUCGUCAAAUCAUACAUAUCAAGACACAAACAUCCGAUCGUAACAAGAGAGCACUACCAUCGUCGGUAGGGUUGUUGGAUGCUGUUCCUCGACGAAACCAAUACAACACUAAACUGACGGGACAGUCCUUUACACCGACCAUCUAUCAUGCCAUCAUAUCAAUGUGUACACUUGACCAAGUCAAAUUUGCCACCUCUUUGAUGGACCCAACCACCAUCAAACAACCAGUCUACCAAAAACACACCUUUAUCAUGAUACUUGGAAGAAAGGAUAGCCAAGCAACAGACGUGUUCAAAUACCUAGACGACAAUGAUUUGUUAAACACUGAAUUUUUGUUUUCAACUAUGAUGUCGUCUAGAUUCUCUUAUUUAAGAGUGUAUACGCCCGAUAUGCUCAAAUUGGCACUUACCAAAAGUAAACUCUUUUCAAGUUGGAGUAUGUUUCUACCUCCGUCUUGGUCGGUUGGUCAAUCUGGUAGAUCCUCUAUCAUGACACGUGAAUUGUUGGACUUUUUAAUUGACAAUCAUGCCAUCACACAUGUCUCUUCUAAAUUGAUACUUGGACUCUCACAAUUACGUGACCGUGGUCUAUUAGAAUACCUCUUUUCAAGAUUCCCCAAACAACAACGAUGCUUUGUCCCUAUUCAUCAACCUGGAGCAACCACAUUUAUCCGAUUGAUUUGUCAACGAUUUAAAUACAUUCAGAUUGGUAUCCGAGGUAUAAAUGCAAUCAUUGCAAUGAAUUCAGAUGAAAUGUUUAAAUUGGUUAUACCUCAACUUCACAAACAAGAUGAAAUUAAACUAUUGAAUGAUGGUAUGUCUGAAAGACAAACAAAUAAAUAA